AUGGUACGCAAGAAGCAACGGUUAAACUGCAGAGAUGAAUUUGAAUCAGCAUCUGAUUCGGAAACUAAAAAUUCUAUGAUGCAUCGACGACGACCAGGAGAAACUGAGUCGCAAGCAUCACUUCGGAGAGACGCUAAUGCCAGACGAACAGCUGACAGCAGAUUAGCAGAGACAGAAGAGGAAAGGUCAGCACGUUGCCUAGCAAAUGCUCGACGAAACACUGAGAGUAGGUUGGCUGAGACCGAAGAGGAAAGGUCAGAACGUUGCCUAGCGAAUGCUCGACGUAACAAUGAAAGUAGGUUAGCUGAGACCGAAGAGGAAAGGUCAGAACGUUGCCUAGCGAAUGCUCGACGAAACAAUGAAACUAGGUUAGCUGAGACCGAAGAGGAAAGGUCAGCACGUUGCCUAGCAAAUGCUCGACGAAACAAUGAGAGUAGGUUGGCUGAGACCGAAGAGGAAAGGUCAGCACGUUGCCUAGCGAAUGCUCGACGAAACAAUGAAAGUAGGUUAGCUGAGACCGAAGAGAAAAGGUCAGCACGUUGCCUAGCGAAUGCUCGACGAAACAAUGAAAGUAGGUUAGCUGAGACCGAAGAGGAAAGGUCAGCACGUUGCCUAGCGAAUGCUCAGAGAACUUCAGUAGUGAGAUUGACAGAGACUGACGAAGAGACAAUGAAACGAAAAAUUCAGGACAAUCAACGAAUUUCAUCAGGACGCCAACUUGAAACACCCAAAGAGAGAGAUGAGAGAUUAGAGCAAUUGCGCACAAAUCGAGCCAAUGCUUCAUGUCGCGUGCUAAAAAUGACAGCAAGAGCAGCCAUAAUUGAUAAUUUAGAAGAAAGCAUUGUGGAAUUACACAAUAUGGGGGAGAUGAAUGUUCUUUGUGAAUUUUGCAAUGCCAAGCAUUUUGCUAGAGAAAGACCAACCGAUAAAAAGUUUACAGUUUGCUGCAACAAAGGAAAGGUCAAAAUCCAAAAUUUUGCAACAUAUGAGUACAUAAAACGACUUUUAACAGGGAAGGACCCAGAUUCUAAACAUUUCAUGGAACAUAUAAGGUCCUACAAUAAUGCAUUCGCAUUUGCAUCAGUUGGAGCACAAAUUAAAGCUCCACCUGGGUAUGGCCCGUACUGUUACAGAAUCCAUGGUCAGAUCUAUCACAGGGCAGGGACCUUGCAUCCAGAAGAAGGCGAACCACGAAAGUACGCGCAAUUGUAUAUACUUGACCCAGAUGAGGCAACCAGUCAAAGACUGAACGAACCUUCUAAUGUUGCCUGCAAAAAUCAUGUGAUGUCGAACCUGCUUGAUAUUAUGAAAGAUAAUCCGUUUGCAAGAGCAUUCAAAAUGCUUCAUGAAUUCGAGAAGGAGGAGAAAAUCAAAGAACAAAGCCAAGGACAUUUAGCCAAAGAAGUUACAAUGGCGAUUGUUAACGACCGAGCUCUUGACAACUGUCGAUAUAACAUGCAGACAUGUAAUGAGGUUGCGAUAAUCUUCAGCAAUACCGAUGGCGAGCCUCCACUAGAAAGAGAUUUACUAAUUCAUUUAAGACCAACCGGCGAAAAUUCUCCUACAACAAAACGAAUUAGUAUUCUAAACAAAAAUCUUGAUGCCCUGACCUAUCCCCUCCUCUAUCCAUAUGGAGAACAAGGCUGGGGAGAAGACUUGGCGUUAUGCGUACGUUCUCACUCGACAAAUGUUAACACAAACUCGAGAAAAAGAGUAACACUAAAAAUGUACUACUCUUACAUAUUUUCGGUUCGUGAGACAUUUAGUCCGUUUUUGAGUGCCGGAAAACUUACUCAGCAAUACUUUGUCGAUGCGUAUGUGAAAGCUGAAGCAAACGACCUUAAUUUCGUUCGGCAAAAUCAAAGCAAGCUUAGAGCAGGUAGCUAUGACGCAUUGGUGGACUAUAUGGACUCCGUUGCAGAACAGGAUGGAAUAGUUCCUGGAAAACCAAUAAUUUUACCUUCGACUUUUCAGGGUAGCAGAAGAAAUAUGAAUCAAAAUUAUCAAGAUGCUAUGUCCAUUGUAAGAAAAUUUGGAAAACCAGAUUUAUUCAUCACAAUGACAUGCAACCCCAAAUGGUUUGAAAUUACUGCGAACUUGGAAGAUGGCCAAAAGCCUGAAAAUAGACCCGAUUUGGUAGCACGGGUAUUCAAUGUUAAAUUAAGAUCGAUGCUGGAGGAUUUGACAAAAAAAUGUGUCCUAGGACACGUACUUGCAAAAGUACAUGUCAUUGAAUUUCAAAAAAGAGGUCUCCCUCAUGCUCAUAUUCUUAUAAUUCUAAAAGAUAUUGAUAAGCCAAGGACAGUUGACCUUAUCGAUAAGAUCGUGUGUGCCGAAAUACCUAAUAACGAAACACAUCCAAGGCUAUUUGAUGUCGUUACGAAAAAUAUGAUCCACGGCCCGUGUGAUAAAAUUAAUUCAAAAUCACCAUGCUUGGUGGCCGGGAAAUGUUCGAAAGGUUUUCCAAAACCAUUUCAACAUGAAACUUUGGCUAACGUUAACGGAUUUCCGUUUUACCGGCGACGCAAUUUAGAACCAGUUGUGACUAAUAAAAAUAUUAAAAUUGACAAUAGAUGGGUUGUUCCAUAUAACCCAUACUUAAGUUUAAAAUACAAUUGUCAUAUCAAUGUUGAAAUUUGCGCAUCGAUUAGAAGCGUUAAAUAUUUAUUUAAAUACGCUUAUAAGGGACACGAUUGCGCAAAAGUUGAGUUACGAAUAGAUGAGAUUAAGACACAUGUUGAUUCAAGAUAUGUCAGUCCUCCUGAGGCAGCUUGGAGAAUUUUCAGAUUCCCUAUGCAAGAUAGUACUCAUUCCAUGUCAAGAUUAAAGGUUGAGUUACCAGGCAAGAAACGAGUGUCAUUCGAUCCUAAUAAAAUUCAAGAAGCAAUUCAUAAAGCAGAAAAUACAGACUCUACAUUAACGGCAUUCUUCGAGUUAAAUACCCAAGAUCCAAAAGCCAGGCAAUACAAGUAUGCGGAAAUUCCAGAGUAUUACGUAUUUAAUGCAAAGAAUAAAUGGGUUCGUCGUAAAGAUGGACACACUGACAAAGUUAUCGGACGUCUGUAUUCUGUGAGUAUGAGCGAUGGCGAGAGAUAUUUCUUGAGGUUAUUGCUACUUCAUGUAGCAGGACCAACAAGUUAUGACGACCUUCUAAAAUAUCAAGGACAUGCUUACGAUUCAUUUUAUGAAGUUGCUAAGGCGAGAGGUUUGAUUUGCGAUCAAACAGUGUGGAAUGAUACAUUAAAUGAUGCUGCUUAUGCAUCAAUGCCACGUCAGCUGCGAGAACUUUUUGCAUAUAUUUGUGUAUUUGGAGAGACCUCCGACAUGACAGGCCUAUGGAAUGAACAUAAAGAAAAUCUUACCGAGGAUUUUGUAAGAGUUCAUGGCCAUCCAUCUGACGAAGAGUGUGAUAUGUGUGAGUCAUAUGCGCUAAGGGAUAUUUCAGAAACACUUAUUACACAUGGGAGAAAGUGUUCUGAUUACAAACUAAAGGACCCUCCUUCCCAUCUGCCUUUGAAUUUAAAUGAUUUUGUAGAUAUUGAGUUAGAGCGUGGCGUCGCGGAAGAUCUUAAAUCAACAUUGACAGAAGAACAACUGAGUGCAUUUGAGGCAAUAGAAUACUCAAUAAACUCUGCUGAACCAGUUGAAAAAUGUUUUUUCCUUGACGGCCCUGGUGGAAGUGGGAAAACUUACUUAUAUAAAACACUUUUAAGCUACGUUAGAGGGCAAGGUGAUAUUGCAUUGCCUGUUGCAUCAACAGGAAUUGCUGCUAAUUUGUUAAAGGGAGGACGGACCUACCACUCCCAAUACAAACUUCCAUUGAAUUUAAACGAGACAUCAGUUUCAUCGAUAGAGAUGACUACGAAUGAUGCGACGUUAAUUCGGACCGCUAAACUGCUAAUUUGGGAUGAGUCAACGAUGGCAUCAGUUCAUGCUUUGCAUUGCAUUGAUAGGCUGUUGAAAGAAAUUAUGAGAAAUGAUCUUCCAUUUGGAGGAAAGGUUUUACUCCUCGGAGGUGAUUUUAGGCAAACAUUGCCAAUAAUCCCACACGGUGAUGCUGUAUCAAUUGUCCAGGCAAGCAUAAAAUUUAGUCACCUUUGGAGGAAAUUUCAAAUUUUGAAAUUGAAUAAUAAUGUAAGAUCACUUGAUAAGGAAUACAGUGAUUGGCUAAUUAAACUUGGUAACGGUGAAUUGACAAAUGUGGACGGAUUACAAGAUAGUUUAAUAGAAAUUCCAGAAGCAAUGCUGGCGACAGAAAAUAUAAUUAAAGAUAUUUUUGGUGAGUCUCUAACUCCUGAAAAAGUAGAGCAAUUUUCAAAAAUGGCUAUUUUAUGCCCCACGAAUGCAGACGUUGAUGAAAUAAACGAGCAAGUCUUGAAAAUUCUGCAAGGAGAAUGCAAGACAUAUUUAAGUACUGACUCAAUUAUGACAGACGAGGAUUCUGAUAGGGAUGAUUACCCGACCGAAUUCCUGAAUACUUUAAAUCCUUCUGGAUCAGCAUCACAUGAACUAAAAUUGAAAGUUGGUUCCCUCAUAAUGCUACUGAGAAAUUUAAACACAAAGCGUGGGUUGUGCAAUGGAACACGAUUAGUUGUUGUUGAACUAAAGCCAAACUUGAUUAUUGCCAAGGUUCUUACAGGAUCAGCUGAGGGAAACAUAGUCUUUAUCCCUAGAAUUGACCUUAUAGCAGAUUCUGAUCUUCCAUUUCAACUAAGAAGACUGCAAUUCCCUGUUAAGCUAGCAUUUGCUAUGACUAUUAAUAAGUCCCAAGGUCAGACUUUGGACAAGGUUGGAAUUUAUUUGGCUACUCCAGUAUUCAGUCAUGGACAACUUUACGUUGCAUUUUCAAGAGUUAGAAGGUCCUCAGACGUUAGAGUUUAUGUACGUGAUAUGACCGAGCAAGGAAAAUUAUUAGAAAAUUCAAAUAAGGUUUUCACGAGGAAUGUUGUCUUCAAGGAUGUACUUCAGAAAUAA